UGAUGAUGCAAUAUGCUUUCACACUGCAACCUAACCAUGGAAGGAAGACGAAGAAAUCCCCAAUUGCAGAAACUAAAGACAAGGCAUAGUAAUACCCAAAAGCUUCAAUACUUAGUCCGAAAUUAAUUGGUAGAUGGAAUUAUCAGAUAACGAAUCAAAGGAGCCACUCAAGAUUGGUGAUAGAUCAACCAGUGAUGUUGUUGUUAGGAUUAGAACGCACGAAGGCCGUGAUGAAUGGAUUUACUGCCAUUCCCAUAUUAUCGUAAAGAAAAGCAAGUAUUUCGCCGAUCGAUUAUCCGAAAAUUGGCCGACGUGCCAGAUUCUUGAUUCGCGUAACUGUGUGGAAGUUCACUGUGAAGAACGUGACUUUGACUAUCAGAUUACAGUUCUUAGAUUCUUCUACGCCCAAUCAGACGUGACAGUGACUGAUUUGUGCAAUGUGGCAAAUGCUAUUGGCAUUUUAAGAGUAGCUUUCGAACUUGGAUGCCCGCAAAUUAUUUCCACCUGUGUCGGUUAUUUGGAAGCUGUUCCUUGGGAAGAAUCCGAGGAGGAAGAAAUAUUGAAGACGAUACCGAAAAUGGGUUCACAAGCAGAGCAAGUACUCGCUCGUCUACAGCCGGUCAACCGUGGGACCGUCGUCAAGAUUUUUGUGUCAGCCAUCAGAUUCGCCACGUCAUCGCCCGAGUGUGAAAUGAAGGAUCUGAAAACCUCUGCUCAGGAGCAGAUCGAGUAUAUGCUGACUGAGGACGACGAUGCCCCUCUGUUGACCGCGGAUGAUGAAGUCAAAUCCGAAGUAAGGGAUUGUGUGAAUGGAUUGUUGGCUAGGUUUGUGAACGUUCUUGAAUCAGUUGACGAAGAAAUGAAAAUGGGCUUGUUCGAGGCGCAUUUGAGUGAUUUAUCGUGGGCUUUUCAGAUAGUGGCGAAAUUGGAAAUAUGGGGUGAUUUUGUUGACACAUGGGUGGAGGCUUCGGCGAAGAUAGUGAGAGUUGCUGAGGUGGCGUUUUUAUUAACUGGGGUGGCGAAGUUGAAAGUUCUUGAGGUGACUGCUAAAGUAUUGGAAACGGUGGCUUAUGGGAGUGUUGUUUUGCCUAGUGUCAAACGGCUCCACUUAGUUAAAGUGUGGCUUGCGUUUGUGAGGCUCGUUAAGUCUUCGGUUGAUGACUCUGUGGCGGUUUCCGAUGAUUCCGUGGUGGUUUCCGACGAUGAUAAUGGUGGUGGUGGCGGAGAUGUGGCGGUGAAAUCGGAUGAUGAGGUGUGGCAAACAUUGGAAGGGGCGUUUGUUUUGAUGAUUCUUGCAUUGCCUUCGUCGGACCAAGCGGAGAUUUUGACGGAGUGGUUGGAGAAUAAACAGAUUAGGUAUCCAGAUUUGACGGAGGCGUUUGAAGUGUGGUGUUAUAGGUCCAAAGUUGCUAAGCGAAGGCUGGGUCUUUUGGACGGUGACAGUCGGAAAACUAACGGAGUGUGAAUUUGAAUUGUUCGGUGGCAUUUUUUUGUGCCUAUUGAAACUAAACUGUAUUAUGUUUUUUUGUAUCGGUAUUAUAGUUUGUAAAAUGUAUUUACUAAUUUUGAUAUAUAUAUAUAUGUUUCGUAUA